CUCCAGGCUCCACCCCCUCACCGCCAAAAUUGAUCGUCACUUGAGGUGCAUCGGCUCUAGUCGGCUCUCAGAUUAGGGUUUUUUGGACAAUCUAUUCUCUCUUGCCUCUUGGUGCUUUACCUUGUUCUAUUCUCUCUUGAGUCUUGGUGCUUCACCGGCCCCGAUCCUCUUCUCCUCCUUCCUCUGUGGCGCUGACCGACCUGCCGAGAAAGAGGUAAUUACUUAUCCUCUUCUCCUCCUUCCUCUGUGGACUGUGGUGCCUAAAAUAUUAUUUUUUUACUAAUCUAUUGCUUGCUCCCCUUCUCGAAAACAAAAGGGGGAGGCUUUAAAAGUUAGUAGAGCUCAUUUCAUCUGCCAAAUAUCACAAAUAAGAGGAUCAUGUGCUUUUGAGGUGGUUGUGCUGCCAUAAAUCCACAAGUUGUGUUUAGUGCAUUUUAGACAUUUACUGUUAUUUCUACAAUUCUACUAAGUUUGUGGUUUUAAUUAGGUUUGUGGUUUUGAAUAGGUAAUUAAAAGUGUGAUGUGUAAUGCCUGAUGCUAUUGGCUUGCUUUUCUUGUUGUUUGCCUCAGACACACUGAACUCAAUCUUAAUUUGUUGAUCAGUGAUCACUGAUCCAUAGUCUCGCUGAUUCCUUUCCUCUUUAUUUUCUCCUCUCUUUAUCUGAUUUGAAGGUUUCAGAAAGUCCUUGUUAUCUUUCCAACCUUAACAACCUGUAAGCCUAGGAACUAAAUAAUAUAUCUUCCAUUCCAGAAGCUGCUCAUAUCUCAUCUGUUUAUAAGACUGUAACAAACAGGGGAUGAUUCAUUGAGAUAGUAAUGACAUGACUAUAUCUCCAACUUUGUCAAUAACAAGAGUUUUAAAUUUUCGUACAUAUCUGAUGCUAUAGGUUAAAUUUGUGAUAUUUAUUUUGUUAUUUGGGCAGAUUAUUUUUACUAAUGUCUCAUUCUAAAGUUGGUGAAAAUGAGACUGUUGAAGAUUUAAGGAAUGAGGAUGAUAGAAAUGAAGAUACUGCUGAAAAUAUUUGUGACAAUUCUUCUAAAAAAAGAUCUUGGGUAUGGAAUCACUUUAUCGAGGAAAAAAAUUCUGAAGGGUCAAUAGCUAAGUGCAAAUAUUGUAAAAAAGUUUUAAGUGGGAGCACUAAAGGAGGAACGAGUCAUCUAAAACGCCAUCUUGAAAAUGUUUGCAAGAGGUAUCAAAAGAAUUCGACUAAUCAGUUGCUCUUACUACCAAGUUCAAAAGAUCCGAUAAAGUGUUUCAAAUUCAAUCAAGAAGAGAGUAGAAAAUUUCUUGCAAAAUUUAUCAUAUGUGCUGAGCUUCCAUUUCGUAUUGUUGAGCACACUGUUUUUCUGGAUUUUAUGAGAUCUCUUCAGCCAUUAUUCAAAAUUAUGGGUCGUAAGACUGUAAAACAUGAUUGUAUGGCUUUGUAUCAAGAAGAGAGGAAAAAAUUGCAUGAUGUAUUCAAGAACCUAAGUUCUCGAGUUAGUUUCACUACUGAUAUUUGGACAUCAAAUCAGAAAAUCGGUUACAUUUCUUUCACAGCACAUUAUAUUGAUUCUAACUUUACUCUGCAUAAGAAGAUUAUUAGUUUCAAGAAACUUCCAUACCCUCACACCAGCUUUGCAAUUGAAGAUGCUGUAAAAAAAUGUCUUGUUGAAUGGGAAUUGGAUUAUAAAAUAUGUGCUAUUACUUUGGAUAAUUGCAGCACAAAUGAUGCUGUAAUGAGAAGGCUCCGAGAUCACUUUUGUGCUUCAAUGUUGUUUAGUGGGGAGUACAGUCAUAUUAGAUGUUGUGCACAUAUAUUAAAUAUUAUGGUUCAGGAUGGAAUGAAAAUCAUUCAUGAAGCUAUUGAAUGUAUAAGAGAAAUUGUUAGAUAUGUCUCUGCAUCCCCAUCUCGAAUGCAAGCAUUUAAUGAAAUUCUACAGCAUAUGAGACUUCCUGCUAGAAAAGGACUCACUUUGGAUGUUCCUACAAGAUGGAAUUCUACUUAUGAAAUGUUGCAUGAUGCACUUGGUUACAAAGAUGCUCUUAUUAGAUAUGCAACUGAGCAUUCAUGUGUAUGCCCCACCAAUGAUGAAUGGAAAAAGGCUUCUAUAAUUCUUAAAUUUUUAGAAGCCUUUCUUGAUGCCACUAAAGUAUUUUCUGGUUGUAAGUAUCCCACAUCCAAUUUAUACCUAAAAGAAGUUUGGGGAAUUAGGGCUUUGUUGAUGGAUGAAAGUAUCGAUACUGAUGAAACAGUGAAGCAAUUAACAAAUGAGAUGCUAAAGAAGUUUAACAAAUAUUGGUCUCAGUGCAAUAAUUUGUUGGUAAUUGCUUCUAUUUUGGAUCCCAGAUCAAAGUUGAUAUUUGUAGAAUUUUGUUAUCAAAAGGCAUUUGAGUUGGAGGAGUGCAAGAAAAAGAUUGAUGAUAUUCGUGCUUGUCUUUUUAAAUUGUAUAAUGAGUAUGUAGAUGCAACAAGAAUGCACCCCUCUAUGAGUUCAAGUGAGCGAACAUCUAAUUUUGGUGGACAAGGUGAUAUAAGUUCAGUUUCUUCCAAAAAAAAAUUUGGUAUGGACUUUGCUCAAUUUAGAAGUCAGAGUUCUUCAAAACGCCCUAAGAGAUCCGAGUUGGAUAGUUAUUUGGAUGAUGAUGUACUUCCUGAUUUGGAGAAUAAAGAGUUUGACAUCUUGGCUUGGUGGAAGAGCAAUGCAGCAGUCUAUCCUAUACUAUCAAGAAUGGCUCGAGAUGUUCUAGCUAUUCCAGUCUCCACUGUUUCAUCUGAGUCAGCAUUCAGCACUGGUGGUAGAGUUGUGGAUCAGUAUCGAAGCUCUUUGAGCCCUUCUACCGUAGAAGCCUUAGUGUGUACCCAAGAUUGGCUUCGUGAACAAUAUGAUGAAGGUAUAUAAAUCUUUUAAAUUUAUCUAAUAUUUUUUAUUUGCUUAUUGUACUUAUAAUUUAAACAUUUAUGAUUGAUUUGUGUGUUAACAGUUGUAAAUUGCUCGAGUUCUGUAACGUUGAAUGUAGAUGACGACACCCUGGACUCCUGGAGUGGGCAAUUUGGGAGAACUGAAUGACGAUACCCUCAUCAGAUCUAGUUCAUACCUAAAGUAUCAAGUAUGAAGCUUGAAGCUGACUUCAGGGGGUUUCUCUAUUACAUGGAUAUGAUGAAUAUAUUAUUGUGCAGGGAACAACGACUUCAGGCCGAUGAUUUUUUUUAUCCUCCUGUUUUUGAUGGAAUCCUUUUGUUUGGUUUCAGUUGUAUCGUUGCAGUUGGUUGCAUGGAAUGAAUUUUUUUGCAAGUUAUCUUCAAACUAUCAGAUGCUAUUUUGUUAAUGAUCUGUCUGAUUGCCUACUUGGUCCAUCUUAUAUUUGAUUUAAGUUGAAUAGGUUGUUUGCUUGUCGACAUUUUUGCUUGUAUGUUUACAAGAGCAGCAUAUGGAACCACUCAGGGGAAUGACAUUAUAAAGCUGAAUUUUGAUCCGUAUAUCUACUGUUUCUUUGUGGUUCUUUAAAGGUAAGUGCACUAUUAUGCAUUGCUGGGUUG